UACUGAGUUGUUUCUGUUCCUGUGGAUUUGUCAUUCAGAAGCAAAGCAAAUAAAUGUAAAUCUUGUAAAAGCAGCUUAUGACGCCAGCCGCCAUUUCGCGGCCUGCGGCUCGGAGAUGAGCGUCAGUCUGGAUAUCAAACUGAAAAGAGCCAACAAAGUCUAUCAUGAGGGGGAAACUGUGGCUGGUGUCGUCACGUUGUGCUGCAAGGAGCCGCUGCAGCACAACGGCAUCGCGCUCAGCAUGGACGGCAUCGUCAACCUGCAGCUCAGCUCCAAGAGCGUCGGCGUCUUUGAGGCGUUUUACAACUCGGUCAAGCCAAUCCCGCUGAUCAGCAGCAGCAUCGAGGUGGCCAAGGCCGGGAAAAUCCCAGGAGGGAAAACGGUCCCGUUUGAGUUUCCGCUCGUCAGCAAAGGCAACAAAGUUCUGUACGAGACUUACCACGGCGUCUUCGUCAACAUCCAGUAUACGCUGCGCUGCGACCUGAAGCGCCCCCUGCUGGCCAAAGACCUGAGCAGGAGCUGCGAGUUCAUCGUUCACAGUCAGCCUCAGAAAUCAAAAAUCGUUCCGACUCCAGUCAAGUUCAGCAUCACUCCAGAGACGCUGCAGAACGUCCGCGAGAGGAGUCAGCUGCCGCGCUUCCUGAUCCGAGGACAUCUGGACGCCACCAGCUGCGUCAUCAGCCAACCGCUCACCGGGGAGGUGCAGGUGGACAAAUCCGACGUCCCCGUCAAGAGCAUCGAGCUACAGCUGGUCCGGGUGGAGACCUGCGGCUGCGCCGAGGGCUACGCGCGAGACGCCACGGAGAUCCAGAACAUCCAGAUCGCAGAAGGAGACGUCGGCCACGGCCUGCCCAUCCCCGUCCACAUGGUGUUCCCCCGACUCUUCACCUGCCCCACCCUGGAGACCACCAACUUCAAAGUAGAGUUUGAAAUCAACGUCGUCGUCAUCCUGCAGGACGAUCACCUGAUCACCGAGAACUUCCCUCUGAAGCUCUGCAGAGUCUGAUCCAUCGAUCAGUGAUCCAUCGAUCAGUGAUCCAUCGAUCAGUGAUCCAUCGAUCAGUGAUCCAUCGAUCAGUGAUCCAUCGAUCAGUGAUCCAUCGAUCAGUGAUCCAUCGAUCAGUGAUCCAUCAAAUACAGUCUGAACUGCAUAGAUUUGCUCACUGAACAUAUUUGAGGUGAAAUUCAAACAUUAAUAUUUGAACUAAAAUCAGAAUGCAGUCCAUAAUUUUUCUGCUUGUUCUCAAACUUUGAUGAAUUUAUGCUCAGAUUUAUUGAUUCCACCUCAUUUCUCCUAACUUUGUUUCUAUUAAUCAUGUUUGAUGAGCAGAAUUUAUCUGAGCUAUAAAAUGGAAAAUAAAUUACAUGUUUCAGGAGA